AUGUCGGCUAUAACUGCCUCGAAAUGCGUACCAAAGGUUAUUCCCCCGUCUUCACCCUUUGGUGAGCUGCUCAGGCGCUCUCGCUUCGCAUCCUUCGACCCCGCUAUCCGACAAACCUACUCUGCACCUCCCUCAUACACCCAUCGCGGAAAUUGGGGUCUCAAGCGUCCCAUAGCCAACCGUAGCAAGCGCGGUGCCAUCGUUCUCCGAAACUUUGAAGAACAUGCCCAGUAUAUCGAGUGGGACCGAGCAGACCACCAGGUCAAAGUUAUCAAGUCCGUGGAGGAGCUGAACACGACGCCUGGUCUUGUCCCGCAGACCUCUUGGUUCAUUGGCCUCGGUCAGGCAGCUACAAUAAAGGCCACUGGUUUUGACUCUGAUUUCUGUCCUGGAGAGUCACCCAAGUUCCAUAGAUUCCGCGACGAACGUUACAAAGAUGAGGCUCCUCCGUCUCCUCCUGUAGACCAAGCAGAUUGGAGUGGGAUCCUUCCCUCAACCGAAAAAUCCACUGCUGUAAACUUAGAGUCUCUGGGUCGAGCUGGGAAAGGGAACUAUGGUGCCAAAGCCACCGUACAACGUAAACAGCCACGUCGCGACGACGAGAGCCUCCUUCAACCCAACAUCAACGCCAUGACGCCUGUUGAAUUCAAGCGAUAUCUGGAGCAUCUCCGCAAGCUCAGACCCAAAUUUAUCAAAUAUCUCAGACAGCAACUGGAGAAGGAUCACGCGCAGGAGGUAGCGGCGAAGAAAAAAGCAGAGAAAGACGCCCAGGACGGAAAGGCAGUGGAAGUGCCAAAGGAAAACCGAAUGAGCACCGUCGACCCUAAUACCCUCUCGGAUGCGGAGCUAGUUCUCAAACUCGGACAUGAAGCGACCACGAAGUAUCUUCACAUGGCGUUCCUUGGACGCUACAACGAAGAUCAGACCUACAAAACCACGCUAAAAACGAAGAGCGUAGAGGCUGCUGCUGCUUUGGCGAACAAGCCUGGUCGCAUUCGCAAACAGCCCCAUAAGCUUGGAGGGCUCGUAUAUGCCAUGCCUACAGAGCUUGAGUCGCUCUUCACCUGUAAACCACAACCCGGACUCGUCCUCCAGGAUACUUCCGCCCAGAGCCAAAAAGACCUGGAAGGCGACUUCCUAGCUACUCUCGGUCCUCUAACCGUCAGACUUCCCAAAGCAAAGUCUGGCACUGACACCCGACCACUCUAUAGUCCUUUUGUCACCGAACCUGUCCAGGGCAUCCAGGCGCCGCGUAUACGAGACCCCGACCGUCCAGGCAAAUUUAUCCCCGAUACACGAAAGAGUGAGAGACUCUUGCGGCCCGUGUCUAUCCAGGUCGAGGAGACUCCUAUCGUCGUGGGAGAGGGUGCGACGAACAAGCCACUCGCGCGCACGCGCCUGCGCACCGUUGUCGCCGUUGACGGCUCAAUGUCACAAAUGUAUCGAACGAACCCAUUCUUCCCCGGUACUUUGGAAUACAGUGCCCAGCUGCCACCAACAAACCGCGUCAUUAGGACAUCCCUUACCCAGCAAUACUUAUCCAAGACAAGGUUGGGCAAACUCCCCGCACAGCUACCCUCCACCUCCACACCCAACAUGCAGGCGUCGCAAAGCACUUUAGAUUCAUUGCAGGGACUUUUGAAGCAAGGAAGUACAAAAAAGAAAAUUGAUUUUAGACCCAGUGGAAGCGCAGCUUCCAAAACCGAGCCUGAGGCACAGGCAACCGAGGCGGUUGAUGAGGCGAAAACCACGUAG